AAGCUGCUUCUGCUUCACUUCACUUCACUUAAGUCACCUUUCUUAAUUUCCUCUGCGUUUUGUUUCUCAUUCUCAAAGACACUUCACAAACACGUUUUCAUAUUUUUUUUGUUUCUCAUCAUCAUGGCCAGACCCCAACAACGUUAUCGUGGUGUACGCCAGAGACAUUGGGGCUCUUGGGUCUCUGAAAUUCGUCACCCUUUAUUGAAGACAAGAAUAUGGUUAGGAACAUUUGAAACAGCAGAAGAUGCAGCAAAAGCAUAUGAUGAAGCUGCAAGAUUAAUGUGUGGUCCAAAAGCUCGCACCAAUUUCCCAUACAACCCAAAUGGACCACAAUCAUCUUCAUCUAAGCUUCUCUCUGCCACUUUAACUGCAAAAUUAAAUAAAUGUCACAUGGCUUCACUUUCUCUUCAAAUGUCAAAACAACAACAACAACCACAAAGAGAGCCUAAUCAUGUUUCAUCAACACAAAUGUCUAAUUCAAUUAUUAACCCUUUUGUUGUGUCUAAUAAUGACAUUGUUGGAACAAGUGGUGAAAAUGGUUUUAGAUGGCUUGAUGAAGUGAAUUGGGUUGGUUUUGAAGGUCAAGUUGAAGUUUCUCAUCAACAAUUUCAGCCUGUUCUUGAAGAUGAUCACAUUGAACAAAUGAUUCAAGAGUUGCUUGACUAUGGUUCAAUUGAGCUUUGUUCUGUCGGUUCAUCUUAGACUACUCUUAUAAAAAUGUAGGUUUUCUCGUUGAUGAUACUUUUUGGGAGGUGAAAUUAGGGAAUUUACACAUUCAUGCAUUUGAAACAUCGAUGGUCGUCUGAUUCUGACAUGAUAAUCUAAAAUAUUUAGACUUUUACUUUAUUUUAUAAUACACAACAUCGUUCUUGUUUGAUCUUGAUCGAACGACUACCGAUGUCUCAAAUGUAUAAAUGUAGAAAUUUCCAACUGCAGGCGAGUUAAUUUAUCAUGAGAGUCUGAUAGUAGUUGUACUAAAUCACUAUCUAAUAAUAAUUGUAUAAGGUUUAGUAAUCUUGGAGAUUCACUUCACCCUUAGUUUUCACUUUCAAUCACUUGUGGAAUGAGAAUGUAAGAUAUAUAAAAUGAUGCAUAUGAUGCAUAUGAUGGACUUUAAUAUAUAAAAUUAGUAUCAAAAGCCAUACAAA